AUGUUCAGCUUCACAAAGAAGAAGAAGAAGACGGGAAGCAGCGGCAAGGCGCAGGCCGCAGGCAAGGCGCAGGCCACAGGCAAGGCGGCGCCGGGCCAAAGCACGCUCAACAUGUUCUUCAAGGUGAAAAAGGAGCCAGAGAGGCCAGAGAGACAGGGACUAGGGUCAGGGCCAGGCUCCCGCCUGACAGCAGGCUCAAGAACAUCUUCGCUCCUCUCCUCAUUCCAAUCGCAAGGAUCAUUCGACAACGACUCCGGAAACGACGGGUUCAGCCUCCUGCAGCCGAAGAAACAGGUCAAAAACUUCAAGCCAGUCGCGUCUUCGACAAGACAGUUGCCACCACAGCCGAUGAUGCCCGUGGAAAGGUCCCUCUCAGGCGUGAAAAGAACGCUUUCGUCGCUAGAUGUGUUCUCGGAGAGCUCGUUUUCCCAGGGCUCGGCUGCUACCGCGACCACCUCGCAAAGUUUUGGAAGCAGCCAGGGCGGCUCCGCUUCGCAAAGCAUCUCGCUGUCCGCUGUGAAAAGACUCAAGCCGAUUCCGCGCGGGUCUGUUGCUUCGCAUGGGUCCUCGAAAGGGCAGAAAACUAGUGGUGCUUCCAGCCUCCAACUCACGCAGGAGCAGCGUCGCGUCAUCGACUACGUUUGCAAAGAUAGGCUCAACGUCUUCUAUACGGGUAGCGCUGGUACUGGUAAAUCUGUUGUGUUGAAAACGAUCAUCUCCGUUCUAAACUCCAAAUACGGCAAGGAUGCAGUAGCAGUAACAGCGUCGACGGGUCUAGCAGCGGUCAAUAUCGGCGGUAUCACCAUCAACAAGUUCUCUGGUGUCGGAAUAGGCCAGGGAGACGCCCCAAGACUCAUCAAUAUGGUCAAACGAAACAAAAACAGCUUGCAAAGGUGGAAAAGAACCAAAGUGCUUAUAGUGGACGAAAUAUCAAUGAUCGAUGGUGUGUUCCUCGAUAAAUUGGACGCCAUUGGACGGGGCUUGCUCAACAAGUCCAAACCCUUCGGUGGCAUACAGCUCGUGUUUACUGGAGAUUUCUUCCAACUGCCUCCAGUUCCGGACAGAGACUCAAAUAAACCGGCCCCAAUAUUCUGCUUUGAGAGUAACGUGUGGAAGUAUGCCAUACACAAGACCAUCUUGCUACAACAAGUGUUCAGACAAACGGAUAACGAACUUAUUGAGCUUUUGAAUGACAUAAGAAUGGGCACUACGUCCCCAGAUACAAUGAGACUCAUCAAGAAGUUCGAAAAACCAGUGAAUUACGAUGACGGAAUCGAACCAACAGAACUGUACCCAACCAGAAAGGAGGUCGACUUGUCAAACAAGAGAAGGCUCGAAAGAUUGCCCGGGUAUGAGAUUGUUUACCAGGCCGUCGAUUUCAUCCCGCCGCAUAUCAAUUCCAACGUGUUGAACAACGUCAUGGCGGAGAAAGAGAUUAAGCUCAAGGAGGAUGCGCAAGUAAUGAUGUUGAAAAAUAUCGACGACACCUUGGUCAACGGUUCGCUUGGGAAAGUUUUGUUCUUCACUACAACCUCUCUCUUUGCAGAGAUCUCCAAACUCUUCCCUGAUCUAAGCGACCCAGAGGUAAUCGAGGAUAUGAGAUGCGUUUGCAGAGCCACAGGCUUACCCCCCUCAGGAAGGCCCGCUCAGCUGCAAGAGGAUAUCAAUGCAAGACCAACGCAUAGGCAAGAGGUGCUACAGUUUUUGCUCGAGAAGGCUAGCAAAAUCUCAAAUGCUCCAGGCGUCCUUUCCACCAUCAUGUUCCCAGUGGUAAAAUUUAUAGACAAACAGGACAUUAGAGGAUACCAGAUCAAACUGGUAGAACCCGAAGAAUUCACCGUGGGUGAAACGGAGAAGGACUCCGCCAUCAGAAAACAGCUUCCCCUCAUGCUGUGCUGGGCAAUAUCUAUUCACAAGUCACAAGGUCAAACCAUUGAUAGACUAAAAGUAGACUUGAAAAGAACGUUUGAAUCCGGCCAAGUUUACGUAGCAUUAUCCAGAGCUGUAUCAAAGGACAGGUUACAAAUCACAAAUUUUGAUGCAAGCAAGAUUAAAGUAAACGAAAAGGUUAAAGAAUUUUACCAAGGUCUGCACAAAGUGAGCGCACAGCCAUAA